CUACGGUAUGAUAGUUACAGAAAUCCAUUUGCUGUCGUCCUGACUGUUCUUGCAACAUCGCUCAACCUCAGUAUCCGCGGUCAUGCAGGUGGAGUGUCGCAGGGUAUCAUGAUAGCCAAGAUUUUACAACUUUAUAUGAUACUUUCCCGUUAGUUAGGCCUCAGACUUUACGGCAAUCUGACAUCCCUAUUCCACAGCCUCAUUAGAGUCGGCACUCGGCACUGCCUAUCAUUACCAUGACCAGUGAAUAACCCGCUGUUAGUGCCAUGUCCACACGAUAAAUAUGCAUCUCCCCCCGCAUGCCCACCGAACAUACCUCUUCCGACACAAACGCAACCGCCAUGGCAAUGCAGCGGAACUCCUUACCGCCAGUUCUCCGGCUCCCAUCCGAGCUCAUUCUCGAAAUCAACGACCAUCUAAACACCUGGCAUGACGACUCGCUUAAUGGGCAUCUGAACUCCUACCACUUCUCCCUUGCGCACCCACGCCUCCGGUCCAUCCUCGGCCCAACCAUCAAGAGGACGGAGCUAAUAGCAUUCUACCACAACUUCUCCAACUCCCCGCUCAUGGUACCUUGCGAGUGUUGCGAGCGCUUGCAUCCGUGGUACAACUUCAACACGACCGUCGCGCAGAGGCGCGGGUUCUGGGGGGGAACCUGCAUCACGUGCUCGUCGCCGUGCACACACUAUGUCUACCACACCUGGCGGAACAGAGGGGUCUGUUUCCACGAGGGCGUGCGGUGGAUGGGCGGGUACAUAUCGCUGUGCCGGGAGUGCGAGGCGCCCGUUCUCGUGCAGUUCCCGCGGCUGCGUCUAGCGCCGCGCCACGACGGAUGCGAGAAAUCCCAAAAAUGCACCGUGUGCGGCGCGUUCCGGCAGAAGGCGUUCUGUCCGUGUGAAGUCCCGCCCGGCGAAACGAUACCGGAGUACGGGGAGUUCAGGGUGCUGGAGCUGUUGAGGAGGCUGGAUGCGUGUGUGCUCACUACUGAGGGCUACGGAUGGGAUCUGGAGGAGCUGGCUGUGCUCCUGGUCGCUGCGGAUGAUAUGGUCGAGCUCAAGCGGCGGAAACGGUGGACUACGGAUUCGGACUCCGGAACGCUCGAGGGGCGGCGGAAGCUGGGUGCUCGCUGGAAUGCGGUCGAGGAGUUCGUGUUAUGGGCGGAGGAGCGGAAGAGGAGGAGGGAUGCCAGCUUAGUUGGCAUGUCGUUCAUCUGGAAUUAUGGGCGGAAUCCAAUGGAGGGGAUGGAACCGCUGAGUGUUGAAAUGAAGCCAAUGAGAAGGGUCGAUAGGAGGGAGCCUAGGUCAUAUCCGCACAAGCCGGAAUCGGGGCCUGGUUGGUUCCGUGCGAGUACUACGGCGAGGGGGAGGUUUUAUACGGGGCAGAGCUCGGUGGAACGCGGUUAUUCCAAUUGAUAAUAGAGUUUUGGAGGGCUUACUCGCUCACCUACCCCAUUCGCGGGUCAAAAAUUGUGUGCAUAGUCGACUCGCGUAUUGGAAGUUAGUUCGUAGUUACAUAUCAUUUGACGACACCUCUCAGUCGAUUAGCG